AUGUCACAACAAGGUAGUAUAUACUAUACCAUCGACCCCAACUGUUCUUUAGACUAUGACAUAACCAUAGUGGCCCAGAUCUGCAGUGGCGAUCUCGGCAAUAUGAUUGAUAAUGAACUCUCUACUCAAGCGGCAGAGAUCACCCGUCUCCAUACAAUUCUGACUUCAAGUCUCCAACAUCUGAACAUUUCCACUGCUAGCGGUUUAGAACAAGCCUUAACUUCCCUACAGAUACGCACCUAUGGACAUGAUUCUCUAGCAGGAAAUCACGUCGCCACCCUUGCCAGGAAUCUUCGACUGGCAUUGACCAAAACUAUUGAUACCCAUGUGGUACUUGCUGAAAUCCCCCAUGAUCUUGAAAUGACCACCGGAGAUAUUCCUGUUGUUAAUCUUGUCUUUCCACCUGACACGCUCCUCCCCUCCCCCGAUCAAGAUGCUGUCGCCAAAUGGCGGUUCAGUAAGAAGGAUGAACAACAGGUUCGGACGUAUUACCAUCAACCAACUCUUAGUCGGCUGCGUUAUACGCUUCGAUGUGAUUUGAGAUGGUCGGAUAAUCAACAGAGAUGUAUAUAUCAAGAGCACAAAGCAGGACAUCUACAAUUCCCAGGUAUGAUACUGAGUGAUGUGGAAAUUUCGAUGGAAGGUAUCGAAAGUUGGUUGAAUGGUGCGUAUCGAUCGGAUGUUCAGCUUCAAACGAAUGAGAUUACUGAAAUGGAUGAAAGUCAGGAACUUGUUUGGCGUACAAGUCGUGUCACGAGACCAACUAACCAGCAUUGGGACGAUAUAACAGUGCCCUUCAGAGGCAGCGGUCUAAACCACUGUGCUAAAAGGCCUAUUAACCGGCGGUUACUGCAUACCGCCGGUCGCUGGUUAAAUACCCAACCCAUCCUAUCACUAUCACUAUCAAACUGUCUUGUCACUUCGUGA